AUGGCAGACUCAUCUCCAAAUGCGCAACAAGAAUGUCAUACUAACGACUGGAGAGGACCUGAUGAUCCAGAUUGUCCUUACAAUUGGCCGAUGUGGAAGCGCAUCUAUAUGACCAGCAUUCCAGCAUUUCUCUGCAUCAACGUGUCCUUCGCCUCUUCUGUUUACACAUCUGGAGCCAACAACAUAUCAGAGCAUUUCGGGAUCUCUCACACAGUAUCCCUGCUUGGUCUUUCUCUCUUUCUUUGGGGUCUUGGGCUUGGAGCCAUCAUCGCGGCACCUAUCAGCGAGUAUUAUGGUCGCAGGAUUGUGUACUUAACAACGGUUCCAAUCUUCGGGUUGUUCAUCCUAGGCUCAGGAUUAGCACAAAACUUCACCACUUUGGCCGUCUGUCGCUUCCUCGGCGGCUUCUUUGGGAGCGCAGUAGUUUCAGUAGGCGGAGGCACCAAUGCAGAUCUCUGGCAGCCUGCUCUGGCGGGAUUUGUUUAUCCUUUCUACUUCGUGUCUCCUUUUCUUGGCCCAGCCCUUGGUCCUGUCAUCGGUGGUUACGUCAGCGAGGACAAGGACUUCCGCUGGCUCGAAUGGGUGAUUCUCUUCAUGGUCGUCUUCAACUAUCUCUACUCCAUUCCCCAAUCCGAAACCUACAAGAAAACCAUACUCCAAAAGCGCACACGCACGGACAAGGAAUCCAAUGGAAUCCCACCACUCAAAGCCGCUUCCCCCUUGAGCGCUACACUCCAGCGCAUCGUCCUUAAGCCGUUCAAGAUGCUCUUCGUUGAGACUAUCGUGCUCUUCAUGACAAUCUAUAUGGCGUUCAACUUCGCCGUCUUUUACAGCUUCUUCGCCGCCUUCCCAUAUAUAUUUAGCGGCCAGUACGGCUUCACGACUGGCCAGCAGGGGCUUACCUUCAUCUCUAUUGCCUUGGGCUGCGUUAUCGGCUUUCUGGCUGUGGUCUACAUAGAUCGGCGAACAUACCCUCCGCUAGAGGUGAAGUAUGGCGUCGGCGCAGUACCGCCCGAGUACCGUCUCUAUGGUGCAAUGGUCGGCUGUGCCCUCAACCCAGUCAGCCUCUUCUGGUUCGGCUGGACCGCCAACGCAGGCGUGCACUGGGUGAGCCCUGUUAUAGCAGCUGUGCCAUUUGCGGUGGGGAAUAUCAUGGUGUACAGCAGCGGUGCGCUGUAUAUCAUGAACUCAUAUGGAUCACUACAUGGCGCUAGUGCCCUCAGUGCCAAUAGUCUUCUUCGGUAUGCUGGCGGAGGUGCGUUUCCACUGUUCACUGUGCAGAUGUUCUCCUCUUUAGGAGUUGGCUGGGCUUCUAGUCUGCUAGGCUUCGUGUCGGUGUCAUUGGUGCCUGUGCCGUGGGUGUUGUAUAAAUAUGGAAGGAGGAUCAGAGCGCAUAGUCAGUAUAUUACUAUCGAGGAGUUGGCGUUGGGAAACUCGUUGGGGAACUCGUUGGUGGAGGUUACAAGUGAGAGGGAGUAUGGACAGGAAUCCCGGUGA